UUGUUAUCACAUUUUAUUCACAUUUUGCCGCUACGCAGUACGCACAUCAAGUCAGCAGUUUGGUCGUUUCGGAUUUAAGAAAAAAAUCCGUAGAAAGUUUUUGAUGUGCAAAAAUAGUUACGGAAAUCAUUGUUAAGCUACAUUGAUUGAACUCACACUGGAAAGGGAAAAAAGUAUGGAUUUUGUAUUUUCAAAAGCAAUAAACAGUGCAGUACAAUAAAAUUCGCUAUCGUAAUUACACCAUCAAAAACAUCUUUGUUUGUUUUUUUCGUGAAACUCGUUCACAUCACACAUUGCUAUAAAAAGUUACACGAACUUCAGUCAUUCAAGCACUCUCGAGCGUGACAGUUGAAACACAUAAUAGUCUAUUGCGAUCAAGUUUUUUUUGAAACACAAAAAACAUGCUAAAAUGGAGUUCAUUGCGAGCGUUACAAUUGUUCGUUUGGCUGAUGUUGAUUCAUUUACGAAAUGCAUGGGCGAAAAAUCAGUCGGUGAUUCUGGUGAAUAUCGAUAAUCAACCGAUGAAAUUGGUGUAUCAAACAUGGAUGCGAUCGGAUUUAAAUGAAGAAGGCGAAUGGAAAAGUAUCGAUGGUACAUUGAAUUGCAUUGAAAGAGACGCAACGGAUGCAAUUAUUAUCGAAUGGAAUGACGAACAAAUGCCGAUCAAUUUUUUCGAUCGUUAUCCGGAUAUUGAAAGCAUUCAAAUGACCCAUAAACACUUAAAAUCAAUUCAAUCAACCGAUUUAGAGCGUGCAAAUUCAUUGCGUCGCUUGAAUGUAUCGUCAAAUGACAUCGAACACAUUGCAUCGUACGCAUUUGAUGCGGCACCAAAAUUGACAGAAAUAGAUUUGUCAUUCAAUUUACUGAAAUCGCAUGCAUUAAAUGAAAACAUUUUCACAUCUUAUUUGAUCAAAUAUUUGUAUUUGCACAACAAUCAAUUAACCGUUGUACAUUCAAAAUGGUUUGAAAAUCUUUUAUAUUUACGCGUUUUGACAUUAAACAAUAAUCGCAUACGGGAAAUUGACUGGCAACUUUUCGAUUUUACGCCCAAUCUAAACGUAUUCCAUUUACAUUCAAAUGAAAUUAUCGAUGUUGUGGAGACCGAUGUACAAUCCACGCCAAGGUCAAUGCAAACAUUUUCGAUGCACAAUAAUCCAACGUUGGCUGUCACUUCACAUGAUUCGAUUUGGCUGGAUGCAGAAACGGUCGAUGUACAUAAUGUUGGCGGUGCCAAAAUCUGUAGAGUAAGCCGACGUAUGCAUACACUGAUUGCAGCAAACAAUGAAAUUCGCGAAAUCGAUUUGGACAAUUUAAGUGUUCCAUCGCAAAAUUCACUUGUCACAUUGAAUUUGGCCAGUAAUCGGUUGGAAUCCAUUGAGAAUGUGACAUAUUUCCAUCGUUUGAAAUACUUGAAUUUAUCACAUAAUUUGCUUACACACAUCGACGCACAACUCUUUGACACACUCAUCAACUUACAGCAGCUCGAUGUUAGUCACAACAAAUUGAAACGAUUUGAUUUACAAAAUAAUAAUCGAUUGCCACAUUUGAAUGCAUUGGAUGUUUCAUUUAAUGAAAUAUUGACACUGAAUUUGGACGGAAUCAUGUCGCAACUUGAAAUUCUUAACAUUGAUGGUAAUAAAAUUAUAGCAACCGAUUCAACGACGAAGAAGAAAUACACUGUCAACCGGGAAUCACAAAGUGUAAACGGCGAAACGACUUGUUAUCCCGAUCAAAUACACCAACAAACUAAAGAUAAACGAAAACAACCACGAAUAAACGACGAAUUGCGUGAUUUCAUUUAUGAACAAUUUCACAUUGUUGAACUAAAUAUUUUGGAGUUAAUCGAUUCAAAAUUCAAAGACAUCGAACAAAGAGUGAGGCGACUUGAGCAAGAAAUGAUUUUCAUCAGCGCAAAUCGAGCUGACAAUGAAUGUAGUUAAAAUGGAACUGAAAUAAUUCACAUAUAUUUAGAGUGUGAAUACUAUUCACUGAAUACGUAAUUUUUUUCAAAUUUAAGCAUUUGUAAUGGACCUUAAUAAAAACCAUUCAUAUAUGAAAGUAGUUUGAAUAAAUAAACAAAUCCGCAGACUUUGUUGCAGUAGAAA